GUGCACCGCUGGGGAUAUCUUCGGUGUGCACACAGGACCAGGUCCUAUGGAUGACUACUGCAGCUUUGGUGUACGACGUUGCAGUUGAGGCCCACUGCCCGGAUAGAGUCAUGAGGCAGUUCGGUCGAUGCCAGUCUUUCCCUGUGUCUUCAGUAUUAGAUCGUGUUCAGCGCCACGAUCAUAGUUUAUCAAGGGCUGGGCAUCCUUUCUCGACAAUGUGGGUCACUAGAUUACAACCAUGGGUGGUUGCGUGGGAUGAUGCAGACGAGCAGUUGGCUGAGGAUACCGGUCCACACACUGAGCCUUCGUUUCGGGCGUACCUGACCUGGAUCGGUAUGCACGACACAGGGAUGAGGCAUUAGCUGGGGCGGUGAGUAAAU